GGUCGCCCCGUGCAGAGAGCGCGGAGACGCUGAGGGGAGCCGCUGACUAGGGCCGGAUGGAGGACCCCGCGGCGCCCGGGGCCGGGAGCUCGUCCACCAACAGCAACGGCAACGGCGGCGGCAAAGGGAAGCAGGCGGCGCCCAAGGGCCGGGAAGCGUUCAGAAGCCAGCGGCGGGAGUCGGAGGGCUCUGUGGACUGCCCCACUCUGGAAUUUGAGUAUGGAGAUGCAGAUGGGCACGCAGCAGAGUUGUCAGAAUUAUAUAGCUACACUGAAAACCUGGAAUUCACCACUAACAGGAGGUGCUUUGAAGAAGAUUUCAAGACUCAAGUGCAGGGCAAGGAGUGGCUGGAGUUGGAGGAAGAUGCCCAGAAGGCCUAUGUGAUGGGACUCCUGGACCGACUGGAGGUGGUCAGUAGGGAACGGCGGCUGAAGGUGGCUCGGGCUGUUCUGUACCUGGCCCAAGGCACUUUUGGGGAAUGUGAUUCGGAGGUCGAUGUACUACACUGGUCCAGGUACAACUGCUUCCUGCUCUAUCAGAUGGGGACCUUCUCAGCCUUCUUGGAGCUACUCCACAUGGAAAUCGACAACAGCCAGGCCUGUAGCAGUGCUCUUCGGAAACCAGCCAUCUCCAUUGCUGAUAGCACAGAGCUCAGGGUGCUGCUGAGUGUCAUGUACCUAUUGGUGGAAAAUAUCCGCCUGGAGCGAGAGACAGACUCCUGCCGGUGGAGGACAGCACGGGAGACCUUCCGCACUGAAUUGAGCUUCUCCACGCAUAAUGAGGAACCUUUUGCCCUUUUGCUUUUCUCCAUGGUUACCAAGUUCUGCAGCGGCCUGGCUCCCCAUUUCCCCAUAAAGAAGGUCCUGCUUUUGCUCUGGAAGGUGGUCAUGUUUACCCUUGGUGGAUUUGAGCAUCUACAGGUUCUCAAAGUACAGAAGCGGGCAGAAUUGGGCCUGCCUCCACUGGCUGAAGACAGUAUCCAGGUGGUGAAGAGCAUGCGUGCUGCCUCCCCGCCCUCUUACACCCUCGACCUGGGGGAGUCCCAGCUGGCACCACCACCCUCUAAGCUGCGAGGCCGCCGUGGUUCUCGAAGGCAACUCCUCACUAAGCAGGACAGCCUGGACAUCUACAAUGAAAGAGAUCUCUUUAAGACUGAGGAACCAGCCACAGAGGAGGAAGAGGAGUCUGCUGGUGAUGGAGAACGAACCUUGGAUGGAGAAUUAGACCUGCUAGAGCAAGAUCCUCUGGUGCCACCUCCACCCUCACAGGCAUCCCUUUCUGCUGAGCGGGUGGCCUUUCCCAAGGGCCUACCCUGGGCCCCAAAGGUCAGACAGAAGGACAUUGAGCACUUCUUGGAGAUGAGCAGGAACAAAUUCAUCGGAUUCACUCUGGGGCAGGACACAGAUACCUUGGUUGGAUUACCCAGGCCCAUCCACGAGAGUGUGAAGACUCUAAAGCAGCACAAGUACAUCUCCAUUGCAGAUGUUCAGAUCAAGAAUGAAGAGGAUCUGGAGAAAUGCCCCAUGUCUUUGGGGGAAGAGGUGGUACCAGAGACGCCAUGUGAAAUCCUCUACCAGGGCAUGCUCUACAGCCUCCCUCAGUACAUGAUUGCUCUACUUAAGAUUCUGCUGGCUGCAGCCCCCACCUCCAAAGCCAAGACGGACUCUAUCAAUAUCCUGGCAGAUGUCCUGCCUGAGGAGAUGCCCAUCACUGUUCUCCAGAGCAUGAAGUUGGGCAUCGAUGUGAACAGGCACAAGGAGAUCAUUGUAAAGAGUAUCUCUGCCCUGCUCCUGCUCCUCCUCAAACACUUCAAACUGAACCAUAUCUACCAGUUUGAAUAUGUAUCACAACAUUUGGUAUUUGCCAACUGCAUUCCAUUGAUCCUGAAGUUCUUCAAUCAAAAUAUCUUGUCCUACAUCACUGCCAAAAACAGCAUCUCGGUCCUGGAUUACCCUUGCUGUACCAUCCAGGAUUUGCCGGAGCUUACUACAGAGAGUCUGGAAGCUGGAGACAACAACCAGUUCUGUUGGAGGAACCUCUUUUCCUGCAUUAACCUUCUGAGGCUGCUCAAUAAACUGACCAAAUGGAAGCAUUCCAGAACCAUGAUGCUGGUGGUAUUCAAAUCAGCUCCAAUCUUAAAGCGAGCCCUCAAGGUCAAACAGGCCAUGCUGCAACUUUAUGUUCUGAAGCUGCUAAAAAUACAGACCAAGUACCUGGGGCGCCAGUGGAGGAAAAGUAACAUGAAAACCAUGUCAGCCAUCUAUCAGAAAGUACGCCACCGCAUGAAUGAUGACUGGGCUUAUGGGAAUGACAUCGAUGCCAGGCCAUGGGACUUCCAAGCAGAAGAAUGCACCUUGAGGGCCAACAUUGAGGCUUUUAACAGCCGCCGGUAUGACAAACCCCAGGACUCUGAAUUUUCACCCGUGGAUAACUGCUUGCAGAGUGUGCUGGGGCAGAGGUUGGAUCUGCCUGAGGAUUUCCACUAUUCAUAUGAGCUCUGGCUGGAGAGAGAGGUGUUUUCACAGCCCAUCUGUUGGGAGGAGCUGCUCCAGAAUCACUGA